GCUUAGCUUAUAAAUAAAAGAGAAAGCACAUUGCCGCGCAGUCUUUAAUCGAACGGCCAUCCCCGCGUUCCGAUCGGCCGGCUUUACUAAACCAGUGUUACUUAAAUACACGGAUACAUUUUUUGUGCAUUAAAAAUGGAUAUGAGGUGGAGCAUCUUUAUAGCGCUGUUGUUGCUGGGAGUGGCAGCCGCCAACGAAGAGGAGGAUGACGUGCCUGAUGCUGGAGUAGAAGAAGACGAUGAUGAAGAACUAGGUUUAAAUCGAGAGGAAUCCCGCAACCUCAGGCCGCGGGCGUACAACCAAGGCGGAUUCCCCAAUACACUGCCCAGUGGGUUCCGACCAACGCCGUCUCUCGCAGAGCUUGCCGGCUACCAGCAAAGAGCUCAGCAACAAGAACAGCAGCAACAGCAGCAACAGCAACAGCAGCAAGAGUUCCUCAUCCCCAGCAGGCCGCAGCAGGUGUACAUAGAAGAACAGAGGCCUGCGCCGGUCAGAGCAGCGCAUAGAAAACAAGAGCAGCGUCCUAUAAAACACCAACAGCAGCAAGAAUCAGAGGAAGAGCUAGAAGAAAAGGAAGAGCCCGACCGCCUCUCCACCCUGCUGCAGCAGUCCAAGUUCAACUGCGUCAGCAAGAACACCGGCUACUACGCGGACGAGGAACUCAACUGUGAGGUGUUCCACUACUGCCAGGAUAAUGUCAAGCAUUCCUGGAUCUGCCCUGAAGGCUUCACCUUCCACCAGGUCCAUCUCAUCUGCAUGCCACCAACCCACGACAGCAUCUGCCAGAAGUCGUCAAAGUACCACUUCGUCAACGACUACCUGUACAAGCCCAUCAACGAGGAAGAGGUCCAGAGGAAGCCCACUUUGUCCCUCAAGUACUCCGACAGAUACUUCCCCUCUGAGGUGUACAGGGACGACCGUUACGAGCAAGAGGAAGACGAAGAAGAAGAGGAAGCUCCUCGCCGAGCCCCCGCCGCCCAGCAGCAGAGGCCGACCCAACGGCCUCAGUACCAGCAACAAGUGUUCCGGUCAGCCGAAGAGGUCAACAUUCCUCUAGUGCAGAGACGUCCUCAACGUCCUUUCGAUUUCGACAUCUAAGUUACCCUUAGACUGCUUUCCAACGGAGAUGUGCUAUGCAGAUAUACUGUGACGUCAAAGCUAAGCUAAUAAACUAU